UUUCUUAAAACUGGAUUGAAGGGUAUGUUGUUAUGCGCCGUAGGACGAGAUGGAAAUAAUCAAAUGUUUCCGAUAGCUUGGGCAGUUGUGGAAGUUGAGUAUGAGGCAUCUUGGACUUGGUUUCUCACCCUCUUAUUCAUUGACUUGAGCGUGGGCACGGGUGAAGGUUGGACUUUUAUCGGUGAUCAACAAAAGGGACUAAUGAACGCAGUUUCAUGCUUAUCUCCACAAGCAGAGCAUCGAAAUUGUGCAAGACACAUAUAUGCUAAUUGGAAAAAAUUGCACAAAGGAGAUGCUCUUAAGAAUCUCUUUUGGAGAGCUGUGAGGUGUACAUUUCAAGCUGAAUUUGACCUAGAAAUGGCGAAUUUGAAGGAGGAGUGCUCUAAAGGUUAUGAAGACUUUAUGAGGCAAGGCCCUAAGCAUUUCUAUAAGGCUUUCAUCAAGACAGGUACAAAGUGUGAUGCGGUUGAUAAUAACUUAAGUGAAACCUUCAAUGGAUACCUUUGCAUACCAAGAACAAAACCCAUACUUGAGAUGCUUGAAGAAAUAAGAACUAUGUUGAUGGAUAGGAUGGCAGAGAGAAGUCAAUUAAUGAUGGAUCAAAUAGACCCAAUUUGCCCAAGGAUUAGAAUGAAGUUGGAGAAGACUAAGCUGGAGAGCAAGUGUUGUACUGCUAGAGCGGCAAUGGGGAAUAACUUUGAGGUUCAAGUUUUUGACAAGAGAUUUGUGGUAGACUUGGUUGGGAAGACCAGUGCUUGUAGGGAGUGGGAUUUAUCCGGAAUACCAUGUAAACAUGCAAUAUGUUGCAUUAGUUUCAUGAAGUUCGAUAUCAAUGAUUAUGUUGAUGAUUGUUUCAAGAAAGAUGCUUAUGAGAGAUGUUAUCAAUUUUUCCUCCCAGCCAUGAAUGGACAACAAAUGUGGCCCAAAGUUGGUGGUGAGCCAAUCAAACCACCACCUUAUAGAAGGAAAAGAGGGAGAGAGAAAAAAAACAGAAUCAAAGACAAGGAUGAGCGAAGUAGUGAUGGUAAGAAAUUGAUGAAAGUUGGUGUCCAAAUGCGAUGUUCAAAUUGCCUUAACUAUGGGCAUAACAAAAAAACAUGCAAGAAUCCUACAGCAUCUAGGCCACCCAAAGCAAAAAGGGGAAGACCAAAGAAGGCUACUAGUGCGCGGGACGGUACACAGGCUAGUAGACCAUAUAAUAGGGACUCUGCUAUCAUCAGAAAGGAGAGAGCACAAGCUCGACAAGGAUAUGGACUUUUCAUGUCUGAAACUGGAAAUUCAUAUUUAAGGAUGCCUGGUAGUGAUAGAGUUAUUGACAUCGGCGGUCCAUCCUUCUCCAAUGGACAAGUAGGAGCAAGAAAUGUUCAAGCUUCACAGAGCCAAUCUUCAAUUGGCAUCUCAAGCUCCAUUCAACAAUCCGAAAUCGGUGGUGGAUUGUGAAAUAGUGGACCAAGAAAUGCUAGUGGA